AUGAACUUAACAAUUUUUGAUCAAUUCUUAAGCCCACAAAUCCUAGGAUUACCAUUAAUAACAUUAGCCAUUAUUUUACCAUCAAUAAUAUGACCCUCCCAAAACAAUCGAUGAUUAAACAAUCGCCUUUCAACUUUACAAUCAUGAUUUAUUAAUAUAAUUACAAAACAACUAAUAAUACCAAUCAAUAAGUCAGGACAUCAAUGAUCUACAAUCUUAAUAUCAUUAAUUAUUCUUCUACUAACUGUUAACCUAUUAGGAUUAUUACCAUACACAUUCACACCAACUACACAACUCUCAAUAAAUAUAGCACUAGCUAUCCCAUUAUGAUUAGCCACCGUACUCACAGGACUACGAAACCAAACAACAAAAUCACUAGGACACCUCUUACCAGAAGGCACGCCCGCUCCACUUAUCCCAACCCUUAUUAUCAUCGAAACUAUUAGUUUAUUAAUCCGACCUUUAGCUUUAGGUGUGCGACUAACAGCCAACCUAACAGCUGGGCAUCUAUUAAUUCAAUUAAUCUCCACCACCAUCAUCAUCCUAUUACCAACAGCACCAAUAUUAUCUAUAUUAACCUCAAUUAUCCUAUUAUUACUAACACUACUAGAAUUAGCUGUCGCAUUGAUCCAAGCAUACGUAUUCGUUUUACUAUUAAGCCUAUACUUACAAGAAAAUGUCUAA